AUAGUAUCAACAGUUGUUGAUCAAGUUGAGAUAAACUCAGAAAACGUUAUUUAAUUUUCUUAGAUAUUUGAUGUUCUGUUGAGUAUUGAAUUUUGGAAAUUGAUUGGGGUAAGAUGGAGGAAAGAUAUGAACCAUUGAAAGAACUUGGCUGUGGGAAUUUUGGGGUGGCAAGGCUAGUGAGGGACAAGAAAACUAAGGAGCUUGUUGCCGUCAAAUACAUUGAAAGAGGGAGAAAGAUUGAUGAGAAUGUGCAGAGAGAGAUUAUAAAUCAUAGAUCAUUGAGGCAUCCGAACAUUGUCAGAUUUAAAGAGGUAUUGUUAACUCCAACACAUUUAGCAAUUGUAAUGGAAUAUGCAGCGGGCGGAGAACUUUUUGAUAGAAUAUGCAGUGCCGGAAGAUUUAGUGAAGACGAGGCUCGCUUCUUUUUUCAACAGCUAAUAUCCGGAGUCAGCUAUUGUCAUUCAAUGGAAAUCUGUCACAGGGAUUUGAAACUGGAAAACACGCUCCUUGAUGGAAGUCCAAUACCACGUGUUAAAAUAUGUGAUUUUGGUUAUUCAAAGGUUUCUUGCUUUCUGGCUGAGAAAUUAUCUACUACUAUCAUAUAUCUAGUAGGACAUUACAUUUUCUAUUUACUAUUUUUCUUCAUUAUGCAGUCUGGAUUAUUGCAUUCACAGCCCAAGUCAACUGUAGGUACACCCGCUUACAUUGCUCCAGAGGUCCUUUCACGGAAGGAAUAUGAUGGGAAGGUUGCAGACGUGUGGUCAUGUGGGGUGACACUGUAUGUGAUGUUAGUUGGAGCAUACCCCUUUGAGGAUCCUGAAGAUCCUAGAAAUUUCCGUAAAACUAUCGGGAGAAUAAUGAGCGCUCAGUUCUCCAUACCGGAUUAUAUACGAAUAUCUGCAGGUUGUAUGAACCUUCUUUCUCGGAUCUUCGUUGCAAAUCCAUCAAAGAGGAUCUCCAUUCCUGAGAUAAAGAAACACCCCUGGUUUCUAAAGCAUUUGCCAAAAAACUUGAUGGAUGGUAGGAAUGUGAAUUAUGGAGAAGCUUCAGGUCAGCAGCUGCAAAGAGUAGAAGAUAUAAUGCGGAUCAUACAAGAGGCGAAGUUCCUUGGAGAAGGGUCAAAAUAUGGGCAAGCGCCUGCAGAGGCAACAAUAGACCCCGAUGACUCGGAAGGUGACCUGGAAUCUGAAAUUGAAACCAGUGGUGAUUACAUCAUCCAUUUCUGAGGAUGUCAUCGUGAACUAGAAUGAAAAGAUUUGUAGUGUGCAAUUCUAUAAUGUUCACAGAUGACGGCACUAUGAGUUUCAGGUGUGUUCAACUUUAUGAGAUGUACUUAACCAGCAA